GUCGGCAUUGUGGCAGGCACCUAUAAUCCCAGCUACUUGGGAGGCUGAGGCAAGAGAAUAGCUUAAGCCCAAGAGUUUGAGGUUGCUAUGAGCUGUGACGCCACAGCACUCUACCUAGGGCAACAGCUCGAGAUUCUGUCUCAAAAAAAGAAAAAAAGAUUAAAGCACAUGCUUUAUUUUCCUAUGUUAAUUUAAUAAUCUGAAGAGAAAAAAUUAGAGGGGAGGAAGAGGUUUCUUGAGAUUUACCUUUAUUACACAGUGCAUUUUCAAGAUUUUAUUUCUGAGCCCAGUUAGGUUGGAAUCUUUGGCUGAAAAUUUAUUUGUUGAAUCAAAUGGUGCUUUCUGGCAUGUGGACAAUAACUGAGCUAAAAACAGGUAAAAAAUAUACUAGUCUGCAGAAUUGCAACAUGCAACUGGUUCAUAGAAGUUAUCCCCUGGAAUCUCGAGUGACUUGUUACCCCAAAAGUGAAAGAAAGAAAAGAAAAAAGAACAAGAAAGGAAAGAAAAGAACUGAGAAAAGAGGAGAGGAGGGGGGGAAAGAGGAGAGAAAACCUUUGUGCCCCCCUCUUAAGAGAGCUAGCCUGAAGCCAGACGACUUAGGCUCCCAUCUGCCUCUUUCACUUGCUGGCCGGAUGAGAACUUUUUUACCUAGAAAUUUUAGAGUUUAUGGUUAUAAUAACACAGAAGUUAUGAAGCCUGUUGAGGAAAAAUUUCAGAAUUUCUGCUACUACCAAGGGUAUAUUGAAGAUUAUCCACAUUCUAUGGUGAUUAUGAGCACAUGUCAUGGAAUCAGGGGCUUAAUACAGUUUGAAAAUGUUAGCUAUGUAAUUGAACCCCUGGAGUCUUCAGUUGGUUCUGAGCAUGUGGUAUACCAAGUAAACCUUAAGAAUGCGAAUGUUGCGUUGUACACUGAUAAGGCUCUCGAACCAAGAGAGACGUCCUAUAAGAUAAAAAGUGUAGAGCCACUUCAGUUCUCUCAGUAUAUAGAAAUGCAUCUUGUAGUCGAACAAAAAUUGUACAAUCACAUGGGUUCUGAUAUUUCUGUUGUCACUCAAAAAAUUUUCCAGUUGCUUGGAUUGACAAAUGCUAUUUUUACUUCAUUUAAUGUGACAAUUAUUCUAUCUUCAUUGGAGCUUUGGACAGAUAAAAAUAAAAUUCCAAUCACUGGAGAUGCCAAUGAGUUACUACACAGAUUUUUAGACUGGAAAAGAUCUUUCCUUGUUUUGCGUCCUCAUGAUGUGGCAUUUUUACUGAUUUACAGAGAAAAAUCAAAUUAUGUUGGUGCAACCUUUCAAGGGAAGAUGUGUGAUAACCACUACGGAGGAGGAGUUAUUAUGCACCCCAAAGCCAUAAGCCUGGAAUCACUUGCAGUUAUUUUAACUCAAUUACUGGCCCUUAGUAUGGGAAUCACCUAUGAUGACACUAGCAAGUGCCAGUGCUCGGGAGCCAUCUGCAUAAUGAACCCAGAAGCAAUUCGUUUCAGUGGUGUGAAGACGUUUAGUAACUGCAGCAUGGAAGAGUUUGCACACUUUAUUUCGAAGCAGAAGUCCCAGUGUCUCCAAAACCAGCCUCGCUUAGAUCCGUCUUAUAAGCAGAACCCAGUUUGUGGUAACCACGUGGUGGAACAAGGAGAGGAAUGUGACUGUGGAAAUGCACAGAACUGUGCUGCUGCUGAAGACAACUGCUGUGAUGCUGCAACAUGUAGAUUGACACGAGGUUCGUCUUGUGACAGAGGAGAGUGCUGUGAAGAGUGCCAUUUUAAGGGAAAAGAACAAGUCUGUAGGCCAGCAUACGACGAAUGUGAUUUCCCUGAAUAUUGCAACGGAUCUUCGCCACAAUGUCAGGAAAACGUCUUUGCUCAGGACGGGACGCCCUGUGGGCAGAACCUGUGGCUCUGUAUUGACGGCGAGUGCAGGAGUGGGGACCUGCAGUGUACAGCCGUGUUCUCUGAGGUUAUGCAGUUUGGUACUGACGAGUGUUUCGUUGAACUUAAUACCAAGGGUGACCAAUCUGGGAACUGUGGCCCAAACGCUGAUGGAGUCAAAAAGUGUGAACUUAAAGAUGCGAAGUGUGGAAAAUUAAUAUGUAAAUAUAACAGUGAUAAGAUACUUGCCUUGAUGGCCGCAACCGUCAUUUAUGUCAACGCAAAUGAACAAAUCUGUGUUGCCCUGGAAUAUCCCCACGGUCAUGCGGACAGCAAUCAUAUGUGGGUAAAAGACGGGACCAUCUGUGGUAAUAAUCGGGUUUGCAGGAAUAAGGUAUGUGAGGAUUCCGCAUACUUGGGUUACGACUGCACUCCUCAAAAAUGCAACAAUCAAGGUUUAUGUAACAACAAAAAGCACUGUAACUGCAACCCUACGUUUUUGCCUCCAAACUGUGACACCGAAGACCUUUCAUGGCCUGGUGGGAGUAUUGACAGUGGCAAUUUUCCACCUGUACGUCGUCCUGAGGGAGCACGCUACAUUGAAGAACCGCCUUUCUAUUCCAAACCUACGAGAUGGCCCUUUUACUUACUCAUUCCUUUUUUUAUUAUUCUCUGUGUACUGAUUGCUAUACUGGUAAAAAUUGGUUUCCAGAGAAGAAAGUGGAAAGCGGAGGACUAUACAAGCGAUGAGAAAUCUGAAAGUGAGAAUGAGUCUAAAGAGUAGUCUGGACAACAGACAUUCCAGAAUAUCCCAAGUAAUUAUCUGUGAUGGACAGAAAGAAAAAGGUCAUGAGAAAGAAGACACCUUGCCGAUUUCCUGAAACUCACACCUGCAUAGAGUGGCUUUAUCUGCUUAGAAAAGAGUUCAUCCAUCUAUACAUAUAUAGUUAUAUACAUAAAACACAGAAACCAGUGCAUAUGUAUAUGAUUUCAAAGAUAAUGUAUUUGUAAGAACUGCAUAGUAAUGAGUUUUAUAUUACAUAUUCCUUAUUUUAAAGUUUUCUCACAUUAUUUCAGUUGGUCAGUAAUAGGCACUAAUUCUGUCCCCAGGCAUGAUGUACAAGGAAAGGCUGGAAUGUAAUA